AUGGCGACAAAGGGGGUCCGGUCACUCCGUCAACUCAUAUCAUGCUUGAAAGGGCGUUGUGGAGGCGGAAUCGUGAGGAAAGUAGGGGCAAUUUUCAUUGUGAUGAUCAUCAUCCUGACUUUACAGCUCCACGUUUGUGCACACGCGCCGGAUGCCAAGGUUUCUGUAGCCGACUCAACCUCACCUCUCACCUCCAACAACACCAUGAACAUAUCUCUUCUACGAACCCAUCUAGCCAUAGAGAGCAUCAACAUAAUUACCAAAUCAUCAGGCCGGCUCCGCGACAUUACCUUGCCUGCAGAUAAUAGCAUGCAUCCAAGAUUAUCGCCACCGAAUCAAUCCUCAUCCCUGAAGCUACUGCAUAUCUUCUUUCUCAUAUUUCUUCACCAGCAACUUCAUCUCACACUCUAUUAUCCCUCCUGCAUCCUCUACUCCUUACCUAUUAUCCCGGAGGUCCGCGAGUGUAAUGCAAGCAUUCAAGUAGAGGAAGAAGAUAAUAUCAAGGGUGACAGCCAUUCUUACUUUGGGGGGGGCGGCUAUAACGCAAAUUAUUUGCGCGUGUUCUCCUUUGGUGAGCUCCACAACUCCAAAUGGUUCGUGGCACAAGUACGUGAAGAUUCCAUCCUCACCUUUAUGCCCUCCACACUGCCGAUAUCAAUUGCUGUAUCCUGCGAGAUUAGGGCCCUCCAUCAUCAUUCGCACAUCAUUGAUAUUCCGGCAGGUGACGUUGUUGACCCGCCUUCUUAUCCACUACUCAUUCCAGCCCUCCAACACUAUGAAAUUCCCGAAUUAACUGCUGGCGCAACGACAAUGACUGACCCCAAACACACUGCGCCAACCAUGUGCUCCUGCCCCGCCCCGCCUCCGCGACGAAAUACGCACCUCUUCAUUUCGUCUUAG